AUGUCUUUCGUUCUGGUUUGUGCCACUACCCCGUACUCCUGUGCACCUGGGACUGUGAGUAUCUCUCUGGGCGACGCUGACCUUGUCACUUGGAAAUCGAAGGCUAUUGUACUCGGAAAACGAUUAUCCUCGCCAGCCGCAGCAGCAGGAAAGUCUAGUACUAGUAGUAUCAAAGCAUUUUGCUUCAAUCCUAAUCUCACCGAAGAACGCAUUCUCAAAGAAGCCCUCAAG